UCUCAAGCGGCCAGCCGUCCAACUGUCCAAGUCCAAAAAUGCAGCCCAAAAAUCGAAAUCCCAAAUACAUCUCCACGACUCCACAGACCAUGAGACCACGGUCCACAGCGGCACAGAAAGGACGCACACCCAGGGCGCUGAUCGGCAGUCGAUUCGGCCGCCCCAUCAGUUCGUAACUUCCAGUUAGAUCUGCCCCUGCACCAUCCUCGUCGACGGCCAAUGUGUCUGACCACUCGCAGACUCACUCACCGGCUGGCCAACGCCCUUCAAUCUUCUUUCUUCAGCAACGAUUUUUUGUCUCAAUUCUCAAGUUUUGCGGGCAGAUUGGCAAAGCAAACUACAUUAUCAUUACAUUAAGACGAUUAAUCACACAGGGAGACAAAUGGUAUUCAGGAGGUUUCACUUGAAUAGUCUAUUGGCGGUGGAAACUUGAGGAUGGCUGUUAUGGAUAAGGACUAUGAGGAUGCUAUUUGCAGGCGUACCAGAGCAAGGUAUUCACUUGCCGGAUUCUCUCUUGAUGAACUAGAGACAUUCCUUCAGGAAACUGAUGACGAGGAUGAUAUUCAGAAUGUUGAUGAUGAAGAAGAGUACAGAAAAUUUCUAGCAGCAGUUUUACAGGGGGUAGAGGGAAGCUCAAUCAAAGCGCAAGAAAAUGAAAAUGUGGAAGAUGAGGAUGAAGACAAUGAUGCUGAUUUUGAGCUUGAAAUCGAAGAGGCAUUGGAGAGUGACCUUGAUGAAAACCUGAAGGGUGAUAAUGUCGAGUGUGAAGCUAUUGAACAGCGGCCCAAAACUAGGCUAAGUAGGCGCCGGAAAUCUUCUACCGAACAUAAGAAGGUUUCAGAAGCAUUAAGUAGGCCAUUACGGCCAAUCUUGCCAUAUUCACCGAUUCCUUCACGCACUCCUAUUGCUGGGAGAGGCUUGGUGCAUAGUCCCAUACCACCACUCUGUCUCCGUUCACCCAAUCAUGAACUUAUUAUAAAUGGAUUUACUCCAUAUCAGAUAGGACAGCUUCACUCGUUGAUACAUGAGCAUGUUCAACUCCUAAUUCAGACAUUUUCUAUCUGUGUUCUUGACCCUGUAAGACAACACAUUGCUUCUGAUGUUCAGAAAUUGAUCUCUGAAUUACUGUGUAAGCGCAAUGAAAUGUUAGGACAAGGAAGGGUGCCAUACCCGCAAUUGUGCUUCGCACCUAAUUAUAUUCAUUCUUCAAUAGCUUCUGAGGUUCCAGAUACCUCUCCUUCAAGUGGACAGCUAGUAUAUAGCUCAAUUGAACAGGAUGGAUGCUCACAAACUCCCCAGGGCUCCUCCUGGAUGCCUUACAUUGGUGAAAAAACAAUUUCUGUUCUUGAUGUGGCCCCUCUCAAGUUGAUAGGAAAAUUUGUAGAUGAUGUUUUAAGUGUUGUACAAGAGGGCAAGAGGAGAUCACUAGGAGCCACUGAUGAAGAUAAUACUGAAAAUGUUCCGCUCUUUCCUGUAUGUAAUAGGCAGCAAUCUGCUGAAACAAAUUGCCAUGCUUUGUCAUCUUCAACUGCAGCAAAAAAGACAUUGGCUGCUUCACUUGUAGAAAGGGCAAAAAAGCAAUCAAUCGCACUUGUUCCAAAGGAGAUUGCUAUGUUAGCCAAGCAGUUCUACCCGUUAUUUAACCCGGUCCUGUAUCCUUAUAAGGCACCUCCCGCGGCUGUGGUGAAUCGGGUGCUCUUCACUGAUGCAGAGGACAAAUUACUGGCUUUGGGAUUGAUGGAGUACAAUACUGACUGGAAGGCUAUUCAACAACGGUUUCUUCCUUGCAAAUCUAAGCAUCAGAUUUUUGUCAGGCAGAAGAACCGUUCAUCAUCUAAGGCACCUGAAAAUCCAAUAAAGGCUGUCAGAAGAAUGAAGAACUCCCCAUUGACUGCAGAAGAGUUUGCUCGAAUUGAGGAAGGUUUGAAAGUAUUUAAACUUGACUGGAUGUCAGUGUGGAAGUUUAUUGUUCCGUAUAGAGAUCCUUCUUUGCUACCUCGGCAAUGGCGUAUUGCUGCUGGAACUCAAAAGUCAUAUCGAUCAGAUGCAAUUAAAAAGGAAAAAAGGCGUUUACAUGACUCACAAAAAAGAAAGUGCCAGGCUGCAACCUUGGGUAGUUUGCACCCACCAUCUCAAAAACUGGAUGAUGCUGCUGAUAAAAAUAUUGAAGAGCAGAGCAAUGCAGAUGAUGAUUGUACAGACAAAGAUGGUGAAGCAUAUGUUCAUGAGGCUUUUUUAGCAGAUACAAGUGCCGACAUUCCAACCAUCUGUGCAAAAGCUCCUUUUCCUGAUGUAGUAGUUGGUGAAAGUUGUCCUUCUCAGCCACAAGUGGUUGCUUCUGAAGUUGGAGAGGGGGGAAAUGAAAAUGGGUGUAGAGGCCAUCUACCCCAAAUCAUCAACAGGCCAUCCCCCACUGAGGUAGUGUAUAUGCGUCCAUAUCGAGCUCGAAAAAGUAGUACUGCCCGUCUAGUCAGAUUAGCCCCAGAGCUUCCUCCUGUUAAUCUCCCCCCUACUGCUCGUGUCAUGUCACACUCUGACUCAAAAACCUACCAAAGUGCUUUACCACAUACAAAGGUUUCUGCUAGUGCUAAAGUUGUGAAUGCUGCAAUUGAAGUUGGGAGUAACACUGCCAAUAAUACUAGGACUCAGCUUCACGAGGAUCCUGAAGCCAUCAGAGAAAGACACGUGGCAGAAGAAAAGGAUGGCCCUGAUCUUCAGAUGCAUCCGCUACUCUUUCGGGCUGCCAAAGACUGUAGCUCACUGUAUUGUCCAGUAAAUUCUGGUCCUGAUGCAAAUAGUUCACCCCAGCUAAAUCUAAGUUUCUGUCGCCAAACAAACCAUGCUUUUAACUUUUUGAACAAGGCUUUGAAGCCUAUUGGAAAAGUGUCUACAUCAUCUGGUCUUAGCUUUCAUCCACUUCUACAAAGAACCACUGAUGGAAAUUCUGUUGUUCAACCCUCUGCUAGUUCAGACCUACCAAGGGAAAGGCUUACUCAACCUAUUGCAAAUUGUAAUGAACAACCUGAUCUUGAAAUGCAUUUGAGUCUUUCGUCAAUAAAACAGCCCACUUUCGAAAGAAGUGUUACAAGAUUAUCAAAAAGCAAUUUGGAAACUGAAGUGAAUUCUCGAAGUACUUUAAACAGACUCAGCAGUGGCCUUGAUUCAAGUGCUCAACUGAUAGGCACACCCUAUGAAACUGAUAUGGUAAACAAUGUUGAUGACAUAUUGGGCCAAGGAAUUGUGAUGGAGCAGGAAGAGUUGAGCGACUCUGAUGAGGAAGAAGAAAAUGUGGAAUUUGAAUGUGAGGAGAUGACAGAUUCAGAGGGAGAGGAGGUGAUACCUCAACCUAUGCAGAUCACUGGUGGACAAGUUAAGGAGAGAGGUAGAGUCUCUAGUGAUGAGGAAAACUCGGAUGAAGAUGCACCACCAGUUACACGUGGCAUUUCGAGAGCCAAUUUCUGUAACCCCUCCAAUGAUACCAUUAUGACUCAGCCAGGACCCAGUUCUUCCUCUCUUAAUUUGAAUUCAUUUCCACCCGUUUCACGAAGAACAAAUUCCAAGGAUGAUACCACCAGACACAGUGUUGGUUCUGCUUGCAAAGUUCAAAAGCCCUCUGUUGGUUCCAGAAAACCUGGAGUGAAUCUUAAAACAGAGAAGAAGCCUGCAGCAGGAAACAAGCGGAAAGAGUUGAAUUCAGUUUCUUUUAUAUCCCCACCCAAACAACCAAGAAGACGUGCACGUAACAUGGAUUCUAUGUCUGGGGUUGGACAUUCUAAAAAAGGAAUAGGAUCAAGCAUAGAAAGCUCAAAGAAAGACAAUGGAGUUGAAAUUACUUGAAUCUAUCUAAACCUCUCUUCAAGAGAAACCUCAUUGAAAGCGCUUAGUAAAAGGAUGUCUUCAUCAGUUUAUCCUCAGAAUAUAAUGUCUAUUUUUACAAGACAUUUGAGGUUCUGGGCUGGUUCUAGACAUUAGUUCCGGUGGGAUGAUUUUUGACAAUAGUGCAUACUUUCUCUCUCAAAUGAGAGAGAUAGAGAGAGAGAGAGAGUGAGAACAUCCAAAGGGUUCAUGUGAAGACAAAACUGUGUUUGGGGGCAGUGUGAACUGUGAACUCAGAGAUCUUGCAAUUUUGAGCUAAAAGGAAUCCAGCUGCAUAAGCAAAGCUCUGGCUUGUUAAAAAAGCAAAGCUCUGGCUUUACUGUGUGAAUGUGCUGCUUCACGGUUUUGGUCCAGUCCUGUCCUGGAUCGGUUGGCCCUGAGGGAAAUUUCGUUGGACCCGAGACUGGAACCGGUAAUUCUGGUUCUAUACCAGUUUUGGUCCCAGUUCAUAUUAAUAUUUUUGUCUUUUUAGAUAAAAAAUGUGUAUAUUAAUAUUGUAAACAUGUAAGCAUUAUAUUGGAAUGAAUGUAUUUGUUAGAGUUAAUUACAUAUGAUGUAUAAUUUAAACAACAAAUAUUUCACAAUCAAAUGUACUAAUCAGUAACAAUCAAAUGUACAAAUAUAUUAAAAAAAGAAAGUCAUUUGUUA